AUGAAUACGCCCAAGAAGGCUCCGGACGAUCGACCUGUGGUGUGCCAGUUUGUCCACAACAAGCUAAAGAACUAUGAACAGAUUGGUCUGUUUCAAAUUCAAAACGCGAAUCGUCAAUCCGAGCUUGUGGUGGAAAAUUCGGACGCGAAAAAGGUUCAACUUAUUGGUGGCGUUGCGAGUGCGGCUGCAGGAUACGAUUACGUGCUGGCCAAGGUCGAUAAAAAUACGGGCGAGACCGUCUACAGUGAUGUCGACUUAUAUAAUUUCACAGCUGAAUAUUGCGACGAUUUGGACAUGAGAUUGGGUAGAAAGCGGAAAUCCAUGGUGAAUUAUGUGGAGAACAAGGUGCCAACGACGUCCAUGGCCGAAGCGAAACUGAGUCUGGCGAUGAGUUUUGGAGACUCGAAGCGGACCAAAUUUAUCGAGAAAAGUGAUAAGCGUCUGUUGCAAGAGACGGCGCACAAAGAUAUGCAACUGGCCACUUUUGCGUCCGCUCCUUCAGUGGAUAAGGUCAAGAAGGAAGAGAUUACGACCGAAGGGGUCUUGUCAGCAAUUAAUAAUGAUGUUUCUGGAGCUCUACCCGUUGCCGUCAAAGAAGCCGCUCUGCCGAAUGAUGUGUACCCAAUGUCAUUGUUUAUCGGGGACGAAACUAUUACGUUGUUUGUUCCCGACGCUAAGGUUCUGAUGGCCAAAGCUAAGGACGAUUUUGAAACUACAGUCUUCGGCCGACCCUUUAAUAAGUUCCCGUCACCAUUCCACAAUUGUUUGUCGGGUGCGAUUAAAGAUGAACGCCGAAACACGUUGACGUAUGUCUGUGCGGCCAUGCUUUUUGUUGCAAAGACAGCCCGUGCAAGGUCGACGAUUACCGAGCAAAUCUAUACAAUGUCGGCUUUCCAGCCUAUCAUGGUUGACUGGGUCACCAAUCGUUAUUUUUCCGGCCAACGCAAAUACAAAUUUAUGAAGAAAAUGGCGGCGGUCGAGCAGUGGACGUUGAUGGUGGGCAAACUGGAAAUCGAUCGUUUGAUGGCACACACUUUGGCGAUGGCGCUAGUUAUAGAUCCGGAAAACAAGAUCUACAGCAAGGAUUGGGCAGAGUAUACGAAAAUCCCAAUCACCGAUCUACAGCGAACACUCGAGGCCCUGGGAGCGAAGAAGGAACUGACACCGGCAAAUCUGCAAAUUUCGAAAGGGAAAUUUGUGCAUGUGCUUCGAGGCCCGCCCAUGCCCGCCAACGCCCGAAGGUUUGCAAGGAGAAGCAAA